AUGGUUCUCACUCACACGACGAACCAUAACUAUAACCAUCCAUUCCCGACUGUCACUCUUGCCUACUUCCUUCGAUACUCCUCGCCUCAGCUGAAUCCCUUCGCCGCCCAUGUUCUCAGUACUGACACCAUUGAGAGCUAUGUCGACCCAAAGACCCGUCGACUUCACACAACUCGCAUCCAUUUGAAGAAAAGUCGAAUGCCUGGUGCUGUCUACAAGCUACUUCCUGCCAGUGUCACCGGUGGCGGCUCCGGAGACAAGGCUUCAUACAUCCUCGAGACGAGUGUUGUCGAUAUCAAGGAGGGUUGGAUGAAGACUGAGAGUCGAAACCUCAAUUUCACAGGCGUGCUUUCUGUCAUUGAGAAGCAGGAGUUCAACGUCCCUGCUGAGGGCUCUAACCAGAAUCCUAACGAGACUGCUGUGACGACUAUGGUUCAGUUUAGGUCAAGACUCGGUGAUAAAAUUAGGGGCAAGCUGGGACAAGCUCAAGAGGACGGCUGGUUUAAGAAUGGUAUCAUUGGUGGCUGGGGCACGAAGGGUAUUCAGCGCAGCAUCGAGAGCAUCGCCUCUACCAAGACGCAGGAUCAAAUGGGAAAAAGCCGAGAUGGCAUGAAACUCGUCCUUGAACGAUUGCGCAACAAUGGCGUAAUGGGAGUUCUCGAGACGAUACGGCGAGAACGUCAGCGACAGCUCGCUUAA